AUGAAUGAUGAUGGGUGUAUGUGCUUGAUGGUGCAUGGUUCUGCGGUACAAUAUGGCUGGCGCUUGUGGAGGUUCCGAGCAGAAAACAUCAACCCCCCGUUCCCCUUCGUUGGUGCAUCACAACACCUUGCGAUGCUCAAGGUUGGAAAAGUAUUAUUAGAGGGAAAUUCCGCCGCGAUCCCCACUGAGAUGCGGCAUCGACUGGGAAAUUACUGGCGAGUCCACAAUGCAUUGAUUGACGGGCAGGGUCAUCAGUUGGCCCAGUUCCGGAGCCACCAUGUCGUGUGGUGCAAAGAUCCAAGGACAGCUCGUGCGCGCGCGAGUGAAGCUGAGCUCAGUUUUUCCGCACCAGGUUUCUCCCCAAUUCCCAUGGAGGGGGGAGAAAAAAAAACCAGAAACCAAAAUGAAACAGAGACAUGGAUGCUCUGGCCGUUAUGA